AUGAUAAGGACCCUUAUAUGGUUGCUGAUAUGGGCUCUUGCUACUCAAGGUUUAAUUGACUAUAGGGACUAUCACGAUGAAUUUCUACCGAGAUUUCUCUCUCUAGAGAAUGCGAGUGAUGAUAACCUAUUACUUCCAUUCAACACUACGAGAACACCUGGAAGUAAAGAGUCAUUAGAGAUCCAAAAGCUUAUUAAAAAUUUCUACGAUGGCCUCGAAAGCCCUUGGGAACUAGAAGAGGACUCUUUUGAGAACAAAGGGCUGAAUUUCAACAAUUUGGUAUACACUCUAGGUGCCAAUUCUAGCAGUUAUGUGGUAUUGAGUGCCCAUUACGAUUCUAAAGUGGAGCCAGAGGGCUUUAUCGGUGCUACUGAUAGUGCAGCAUCUUGUGCAAUUUUGUUGUACGUCUCUCGAUUUCUUGAUGCCUUCUAUCAGAAUGGGAAUUCUUCGCUGUCAGAUGAAAAGAAUGGGGAUGUGGGAUUCAAAAUUGUUUUCUUUGAUGGCGAGGAAUCACUAAAGCAGUGGACAGCCGAAGAUUCGUUGUAUGGAUCUAGGCAUUUGGCAAGCAAGUGGAUUGAACAGGGACUGAUAGACAAAAUUCAUCUGUUUGUACUAUUGGACCUCCUGGGUUCAAAUCCAGCACCAAUUAGAAGUUAUUUCCGUGAAACCCAUGAGGCGUAUGAAAGAUUGGCCAGUUUAGAAUCUACAUUGUUCAAAUCACCUCCACAAUUAGAUCCUAUGGACCAUUCAAUCUUGCAGUUAAAUGGUCCCUCUAUCGAUGACGAUCACAUCCCGUUCUAUCGAGCAGGUGUACCGGUCUUACACUUGAUACCAUGGCCAUUCCCGUCCUUUUGGCACACUUUGCAAGAUGAUUUCAAUCACUUACAGCAGAACGAAAUUGAUAAAUGGGCUGUUCUUCUCAGUGAGUUCUUAGUAGAAGAAAGUUCGGGAUUCGCGGAUCGGCUCUAA